CGCUGCCAUUGGGAGCCGAGCAGCGCCGAGCCCAGCCGAGCCGCGCAGAGCUCCGGUCCCGCUCCGCCGCCAUCGCCAUGAGCUUCUUGUUUGGUAGUCGCUCUUCCAAAACCUUCAAACCAAAGAAGAAUAUUCCUGAGGGGUCUCACCAGUAUGAGCUGCUAAAACAUGCUGAAGCCACGCUUGGAAGCGGUAAUCUCCGGAUGGCUGUUAUGCUUCCAGAGGGUGAAGACUUAAACGAAUGGGUUGCAGUUAACACUGUCGACUUCUUCAACCAGAUCAAUAUGCUUUAUGGAACCAUUACGGACUUCUGCACGGAGGAGAGCUGCCCUGUAAUGUCUGCUGGCCCAAAAUAUGAGUACCACUGGGCAGAUGGGACAAACAUAAAGAAACCAAUUAAGUGCUCUGCACCAAAGUACAUUGAUUACCUGAUGACUUGGGUCCAGGAUCAACUGGAUGAUGAAACGCUAUUUCCUUCUAAAAUAGGUGUACCGUUCCCAAAGAAUUUCAUGUCAGUGGCAAAGACAAUUUUAAAGCGUCUCUUCAGAGUUUAUGCUCACAUUUAUCACCAGCACUUUGAUCCAGUGAUCCAGCUACAGGAAGAGGCACACCUUAACACUUCUUUCAAGCACUUUAUAUUUUUUGUUCAGGAAUUCAACCUUAUUGAUAGAAGAGAACUUGCACCACUUCAAGAACUGAUUGAAAAACUCACCUCUAAGGACAGAUAAAAAGAAGAGUAUUUCUUGAAGUCACUUGUUUCUUUAAGCAAGCGUGUGGUAUUUGUUUUUUUUUUGUUUUUUUUUUGUUUUUUUUUUUUUUUUUUGGUUGUUGUUGUUGUUCAUUUGUUUUUUUAAAAAAACACAACAAAAACCUGUGCUGUUACUAAUAACAGCCAAGAUCUACUUUCUGUGCUUUUAUUAGAGAAAAUCUUUUAUCUGUUAGCGACAUGUGGUAAAUAGCUUUUUUUUAAAUUUUAUUUUAUUCUAUUUUGGAUUGUUGUUACUCAUUGUGGAAUUUUAGCAGGUGCUGAGUGUUUAUAAAGGAAACAUGCUUGGUUGGGGGAUUGACUCUGCUGGUGGAUGGGUUCUUCUAUUGUGUCAGUGGUAGCCCAUUCUCAUGAAGUCCCUAUAAAUGACUUGCUUACAUUCUCUUAAGUGCCUUGGCAGACUCACUUCUGAGGUGCAAAGCACAUACAAUACUGAACAUUGCUGGAAACAGAAAAUACGAACUAACACCCAGGACACUUACUAAUACUUGUUUUAGAAAAAUAUAUAUAAGCUUACACUAAAAAAAGCCAUAACUUACUGAAAUCCAUGAUCUCCAGCUUUUAAUACAAAUAUUUGUCUUAUUUUUAUAGAGAUUAAUAUAGAAUUUUUCAAAACUAGAUAUUUCUUAUAAAGAAAAGUGAUGGUGAAGUUCUAGUCGCUAAAGCGAAAUGAUGGUGGUGGUGUCAAAAUUACAAAGAACCUGUGCUUAGCAAGUAGUUACAUGUCUGUUGCCAUUGGUUUUGGCUUUUUAUAGUUGCUUUUAUUUUUUUAACAGGGAAGCGUCGACUUGGGUCAGUCACUUCUGCUAAGUUUCCUAGCAUUUGCCAAAUGAAGGGUUAGUUUGCACAAAUACAGUUAGGGAAAAUACUCAGCACAAAAAUAUGCACUGGGGUAAUACGAAGUAAAACCUGACUUGAAAAAUAACUAGUGAAAUGAUAUUUGUAACUUAGGGAUAAAAAGCCUGGCUCUGUGGAGGAGCUCUGGUGGCCAGUGUUUUCCCUGGGAGGAAAUGUAUCUUGGAGGGAAUGUAAUUUCAUGGCUCCCUUAGGAUUUACGCUACCGUGAUGGUGUUCUCCCCCAUUCAAAACUGCAGCCCGUGUCCAAGGAACUAAGCAGUUGGGAAAAGUGAUAGGGAUGUACCGGUGAAUUUUUAGUCAUUUGUAAUUUGGUAAGUGCAUCUUCUGUUUCUGAGAAAACCUAAUCAAAAGGUGACCGUCCCCCACCCGGGUUAGUGUCUUUGUCUCUCUAGCCUUGUGUUUUCCCAAACCAGAAAUGAGAAUCCCCUGUGAGAGGUUGGCCUCUGGGCUGAUCCUCAGAUGAUGACCUGGCAGUGUCUGCUGCAGCUGUAUCAGUCAGGUUUCCUGUGGCUGAAGCCCGUAUGACUAGCGCUCUUGUUCAUUUAAGGGUCUUGUCAAAGCCGUUGUGUUUUGGAUUCAGAGCAAUCCGUAUUGCGUUCUGCAGCGUGCUAUCCCAUGGUAUCAGUAGUGGCCAAAUACAGUACGCUAGGUGGUUAACGUUGCCAGGUUUUGCCAGACUGUGACUCUGCAAAAACACCAUUUUUAGGCCUGAGCAGCAUGAAGACCUUAACUGACUAGUGUACACUGGACUGACUUUUGACCCUCUUUAAAAUUUACAGGUGAAGCCGGAGUUAGCGUGCGAUGGAAAAGUUUAGCUUACAUUUUGUGUGCCUUUGCUUGACUGAAAAUGCUGAGUAAAGUGGAAAAUACUGUGCUGCAGCCUGCAGAAUAUCUAAGUGGCUAUUAGUAUAGCCAGCUAAUAAACACGUAAGCACAAUCAUAAACACGUACUCAUUUGGGAGGCUAGAAAUUUGGGGGUUAAAAUGAUGUAUUUCAGAAGCGUCUGAAGGUUCUUUGCAGUAGUAUGUUAUCUUCAAUGGAAUUAAAAUUCCUAGUCUGCUUAAAGUGCUUCCUGGAGAAGCAGUUUAAUGUUCUGUUACCUCUUCUGUCUCUCCUUUUAUUAGCACACCCUCCCCCUCCGCCCCAGAACAAUUGAGAGAAACCUAGUACUGAGCUAGAAACUGGCAUUGUGUACUUUUUUCACUGCUGCUUAUUUAGAAAUGGAAAUGUGGAGCAUUGUGCAGUGAAGAAUGGUCAUGCAGUGGUGUUCAUACUGGAUUUAGGUUUGGCUACACUAAUAUUAGAUAGAGAGGCUGCUUGCAAAACACAAAUGUAGUUUAGCGUUUGUAAUUAAGACAGUCCUUGGUUUCAUUCAAAGCUUCACUACAGCUCAAGGAAAUGUAAAAUGUGUUUGACGCCUUUACAGAUCAGUGUCAUUGCCCAUUAUAAUCUGCUCAAAGGACAACUUAAAUUUUCAGUUAUCCUUAUGUUUCUGCUUUUUUUGUUGUACAGAAUGACCAAGUUUUUGUGUGGAUGCCAAAGAAAAGGACUUUUAUAUUGUGGUUUCCUUAACGUUGAGUGCUGGGAUUCGAUUGGAGUUACCACAGUCCACACUGAGUCAAGCUGGUGAUGCAAUGUUUUAACAAACUCCUGGCUUAAAAAAGGUGGAGUAAGGUCUUCUCCCUUCUCAGCCAGUAAGGAUCUUGACUUUCCUGUGUGUGUACACACAUGUGGGAGGAAAAGAGGGGAGAUAUUUAGUGCAUGUCACCUCUUCAGGGAGUUGGAAAAAUACGCACAAGGCUUAAGAAGAUGAGAGACAGAAGCAAACAAGAAGCACGAGCACCAUUUCCUUUCCUUUGGCAAGUCCCCUGUGAUGGCAGUAUUCACCCCAGUGCUUUCGUCAGUCCUUCUGCUUGUAGGACAUGUGUGGUCUGGCAAACCUUGGAUUUCCCCUUGCAAUUUGGUUGGCCAGUGGAAGAGUCAGACAGUGCUGUAGCACCUAAAUGCUGCUGUUGGGAGUCGAGUAUUGGGCUGAUGACAAAGAUGGAGCUCCCAGGGGCAGAAUAUCCCAUGUAUUGGACUGAGCAAGUACUGUCUUGUUGAAAAAUUGUAGAAAAAGUGUUCCUUUGGUAUACACUACCCUUUUUAUGUGCUGUAUGGUAUGUUUGACAAGGUAGCUGGGAAUGCAGCCCUUGUGUGGACUGUGUGCAUCAUUCCUGAUGUGUUUGCAGCUGCAGGAUUGUUUUUAGCCGAGUAGCAUACCUAACAUCUGAUCUGGACGUGACCACGUAAGCCUGGUGUGGGAGCAGUAGGAUGGCAGUGCUAGCUUUGGGUGCAGGGGUGGAGGGCUCUCUUGCAAGGCUCAGGAUAAAUAACACAGGAGACUAUCAUCUUUUCACAGUUAUGGGAGUGGUCGGUGUCCACCUGACUACACCAGAGCAGCCUAACUCCCAAAUCUGAGCUGCACAGUUUUAACCGGACUCCAGUCAUGCAGAAAGCUGAAUUUAAGACUGUGAUCUUGCACACACAGCCUUUUAUGUGUGCUUCUAUCUAAGGAGUGUUCAAUGACGGAAAAUUUCCAGCUACAGAGGCGUGAAGAGUGCUGCAGAUGCAGUUUAAUAUUAAAAAUCCUGUGAACUUCCCUGUGAAAACCGCCUUGCUGAGUGGAGUCAGUGCUGCUCAAGAGGCUGCGUGUGUGCUUACUGGAGAGGAGCCUUUUCACUGGUGUUACCACAUCGCAGCAAGACACAAGAGUGAGAAUGGCAGAAGCCUGCUCCAAGGAGCUAAAUAGGAAAUAUUCUCCAUUAGAUUUAAAGCUGUCUCACUGGUUUGGUAUCAUGUACCAGCAAGAAACACAAAAGAAAAAUAUUUAGAAAUGAGGAUUUGUUUGGAGUGAUACCAGUGCAGUAGUUUUCAUUUUUAGCAUACUUCUGCUCUGGAAGGUUGGGGUUUCUUGCUUGUUGUUGAUUUUUUUCAAUUUUUUUUUUAAAUAGUCAAUUCUAGAAAUUCAGAGGCAUCUGCUGCAGUUCAGCCAAUCAGAAUUAGAAUGUAUGAUGUGAAAAAGUUAGUCUUAUGUGCAUAGUGUAUUUUUUGUAUUCAGUAUCUGGCAGUAGAAAGCACUUUUACAAAAUAGUUUCUAGGCAUGUAAUAAAAGCUUGGAGAUCAUGAUUUGCCUGACAGCUGUAUGAACACAUUGUUUAAUUACACAACACUUGAAAAUAACAACAUUAAAGAUAUGUAUGCAGUGUUUGGGAUUUAGUAUCCCUAUGCUGUUUAUAUAUGCAGCUUUUAUUUGUUUUUUGCUUCAAAAAGAUGUGGGACCAGAAGCUGGUGUGUGUUUACACUCCUGGAGUAAGGGCACAUUGAAAUGCUAAACGAAAGUUGCCACGUUGUACAAACGGAAUCUGGAUCAAGUGAAUGUGUUUAUAAAAUAGUGCAUUUGUUGGGGGAAAGGGAGAGGACACCCCCUCACCCCCCAAAUAAAACCCAGAGAAACGAACCCUGACCGAACCCCGCGCUGCUCUAGGCCCAGGUUAGAGAUGGACUCUGUUGGGUGUCACGAGCGCUUUGAGACAAAGCUUUUCAGCUUUCAGGUGAGGUUCAACCCCACCAGAAGGUGCUGGUGGGGUUGAACCAGGCUGGGCUGCCAGUGCUGGAUGAGGCCUUCCAGUGUCAUAGGGGCCUUAAAUUCUACGGUUUGUGGUGUUUUUGAACUACCGGCAUGUUAGACCAUGUCAGUGAUUUGGGUGGUCGCUUCAGGAGGUCAUCUACCUCGAGACGGGAUGGGGCAAACUCUGCUGAGUUCAUCACAUUCAGCCGCCGCUGCCAGUGUUGACACUGUUCAAAUGGUGUGGAUACGUUAUGUUCCCAGAAAUAAUUAAUUUUCUACUGGUUCAAGUCAGGGAUACAAGUUAAUCGUGCAAAUAGAAAAGAAAAAUGCCACAUUCUGCUGUUGCAGGUAGCUGAGCAGGUAGAUGGAGAAAACAGGUUUCAAGGGGCAGGUGGCCCGCCUGCAAGUAUCAAGUUUCUUUUACUGCUUACUAUGCAAUGUAGAGCUUUGAACUUUUGCUUUUACUUUAAGAUAUAGAGGAGCACUGUCCUUAUUCAGUAUUUAGGAACUGAACACUCUCCCAGUCUCCCCGACACUCAUGUAACAGGUAAGGAUACCUAUUUGCUGCUAUGGACUUCACUUACCUUUCAGAUUGUUCCUUUCUGUUUCUCGCCCCCGCGCGCGCCCCCCCCCCCCCCCCCCUUCCUUUCUCUUUAAUCACCAGACACAAUUUUGCUAUAAACACAUCCUUUUUGGGUAAUUGCUCUUUUUUCUUGCUACCCUAUCCCCUCUUCUUACCUGCCGGAGUGCUGUAUUCCUGUAUAUAAACCACCCCCUUUUAGUUGGACUAUUUAAAAAGCUGCAGCGUGGACACAGACUCCUUGCUUUUCUUUCGCUAAAAGAUUCCCUGGUACACAGAAUCUUGUUUCCCUCACUUGUGAUAUCAGUUGUCUUUUUUCCAAACUGCACUACUAAAACCACUAGCAGUUUUAUGGAUGCCUGUCGUCUUUUCCUGGAUAUCUUCUCUUUUAAGAUGAGACUAACAUUGGUUAUUUUAAGUGUUAAACCUUAUUAUUCUCCCGCUUUUCUUACAAUUUCCUCUUGCCAGGUUAAGAUUAAGAUUGCAGUCUAGGUAAAUAUCAAAUUCCGUUUUGUUUGAAGAACCAAUUCCCUAAAUUGUUCAUAGAAUAUUGUAUUUUUUAGGGGAAAUUAAUUUUUAUAGCCACUAAUCUAUACUCAUUAUUUUUGUACAUUUGCAACUUCUGACAUUUUUCAGAGACAUGUCGCGGAGGGAACACUUACUUUCAUGGCUGUUUUACUCCUUCGGGAUGCUGUGGUUGUGUUGCUUAGUACUUAGAAGCACAUACCUUGAUGUGUGACAGAGGAGAGAGAAGAAUGCAAUAAAAAUUACGAGGUUACAAUAAAAGGCCAUUUUUGAAGGGUAAAAAAAAAAUAUUACAAAAGCAACACUAACCUUUCCUCCUUUAGAAUCUUAAAAUAUAUGGGAGAAAAUACGGUGUGAAGUGGAAAAUGCAAGAUGAGAACCCUUAUUGUAAGCUAACUGUGCCAAUAUUGCUUCAGUUUGUAGUCACCGAUUGAUAUUUUAGUUUUAAAUGAGAACAGCUUUUGAUUUAAAGGAAAACAAGUUGAAUGUCUGAAAAUCUGCAACAUGUUUAUUUGAGAGUUGUAAAUAAUGUAUACAGAUUGUUGUAUGUGAUGGGACAGAUAUUUAAAUUCUAGGUUUUUUUCAAUAAGAAACUGAAGGCUGUUUAUAAGAGAAAAUAAAUAGCUAUGUUUGACCAUGA